AUGGCACCGAAGAAAUCCGCCAAAGCGGCCGCCGGCGAAGAAGGCGAGGCCGCUGCUCAGGGAACGGGGCUGGGACCGGCGACUCGCGAUGGCGAAAUCGUGUUUGGCGUCGCUCACAUCUACGCCUCGUUCAACGACACAUUCAUCCACGUCACAGACCUGAGCGGGAGAGAAACGCUGGUUCGCGUCACCGGCGGCAUGAAAGUGAAGGCUGACCGCGACGAAAGCUCGCCGUACGCUGCGAUGAUGGCGGCCGCCGACGUCGCCGCCAGAUGCAAGGAACUCGGCAUCUCUGCAGUCCACGUCAAAGUCCGCGCGGCCGGAGGCACCCGCAGCAAGACGCCCGGCCCCGGCGCACAGAGCGCACUCAGAGCUCUGGCGCGUUCCGGCAUGCGCAUCGGCCGCAUCGAGGACGUGACUCCCAUCCCCACAGACUCCACGAGGAGAAAGUCUGGGCGCCGCGGUCGCCGACUUUAG